AUGUGCUGUAACUCUUCUCUCUACAGCCUCCAAUGCCCUAAUUCAACCCCAACAUUUGACUUUUACAGCGCCGCUCCAGCCCUGCCCACCAUCUACACCGAGACAAUACCGCUGAUCCCUCUUAACAGUUUAUUGGCUCCUGCCACAGACCUUCACAGGCUCAAGCUGUUUAUAGAGUUUAUGUAUCAUCUGGGCUACUUGCAGACAGCUGGAGUCACUCCAGGCUCUGUGGUGACCUCUGAUGGCUCUCUGCCAGAGCCACAGCUGGACUCUGCUUCAUCCCAGAUGUUAAAGGAGUCAAUACAUCAGUUCAGAGACAUUUCAAAGGAAGACAUAUGGAUCAUCACAGGUGGUAUUCAGGAAGAGGUGUUCGAGUUCAGUCGGCUUGGAGGUAUCUCUGGAGAUGCUCCCCCCCUACAAAGACCUGGUUCAGCUUGCUUCCACAGGCCCCAUGACCCCCCUGGACAAACAACAGCCUCAUUCUCUACACCGCUGCUGACCUCAUUGUCUCUUUGUGAAGGGAAAAUCCAGAGUUGCAUUCUGUUAAAUGGCAAAUGGUGCAUCAACCGCGAGCGGGACGGACCUCUAGAGCGUCGGCCUACAGAUGAGCACGGAUACCGCUGCCUUUUCCUCAGGACUGUACGCAAGGAAAACAUGAGUCUCGAUGGAGACACAUUAUCAGUGAUUGAAAACCCGGUGGCUGUCAGCCAUCCUUUUCACUCAGAGAAAGCAGCAGGAGUCACGGGGACCAAGGGAGUCCAGGGCUGGUUAAAAGGCAUUCACUCCACGACUCACGCUCACAGGCUGGUGAAGCUGCUGGCAGCGGUGUGUGCAGUUGGACUCCUGGGAGGCUUAGUUGUAGGUGUCUGGUUUCUAGUCAAACUUCUGCUAAGGCCUUCCUCCUCCCAAAGUCCAGUGGGUCUUGGGGAUACGAAGGAGACGUCGUUCUGCAAUGUGACAGAGGACAUUUCCAUCUCUGACCCCAGGAAAGUGUUUUACAGAAUCAGCCCAGAGAACUCUCUACUGGAGAUCCAGCUGGGGAAGCUGCCCACCUGGCUGCCAGUGUGCUAUGAGAGGUGGAACUCUUCGCUGGGAACACUGGUCUGCAGGCAGCUGGGUUAUCUGAGACUGACCAAGCAUAAAGGAGUGAAUCUAACCGAUAUCGGGCCAAACUAUACAGAUGGCUUUAUACAAAUAACCUCAGAACACAAGAGCAGUCUGGAAAAUAUGUGGCAGUUCAGGGGGAGCUGUAUCACAGGGAAGGUUAUCGCUUUGCAAUGUUUUGAGUGUGGGACACGAGCUAAGCUGCCCAGGAUAAUCGGGGGAGUUGAGGCCACGCUGGGCAGGUGGCCCUGGCAGGUCAGCCUCUACUACAGUAACCGUCACACCUGUGGAGGCUCUAUCAUCACCAGUCAAUGGGUAGUAACAGCUGCCCACUGUGUGCACAACUACAGGCUACCUCAGGUCUCCAGCUGGGUGGUCUACGCUGGCAUUGUGACUCGCAGCUCCGCUAAAAUGGCUCAGCAUACAGGAUACGCUGUGGAGAAGAUUAUCUACAACAAGAACUACAACCACAGGAGCCAUGACAGCGAUAUAGCACUGAUGAAGCUGCGGACGCCGCUCAAUUUCUCAGAUACAAUUAGGCCCAUCUGCCUGCCUCAGUACGACUAUGAUGUUCCAGGAGGUACACAGUGCUGGAUUUCUGGAUGGGGAUACACGCAGCCUGAUGGUGUUCACUCACCUGACACCCUGAAAGAGGCGCCAGUUCCAAUAAUAAGCACAAAGAAAUGUAACAGCUCCUGCAUGUACAAUGGAGAGAUCACGCCACGGAUGCUUUGCGCCGGAUACAUGGAGGGAAAAGUGGAUGCAUGUCAGGGAGACAGCGGGGGUCCUUUGGUUUGUCAGGAUGAAAAUGUGUGGAGGCUGGUGGGGGUCGUCAGCUGGGGGACGGGAUGCGCUGAGCCCAAUCAUCCUGGGGUUUACACCAAAGUGGCUGAAUUCCUGGGCUGGGUCUAUGAAAUGAUUGAGAAUUACUAAGGAGGCCUCACAAACCACAACAAGCAGAGGAUGCCACUGAUGUAGCUGUUUGAAACAUUAAAAGCUAUAGUCGUACAUUAUAUUUUUACUUUAAAUGUCCGUUAUACAAUGUACACAUACAGACACACGGGAAAAUACAUUUCUAUGUUAUAUUUUUCAUGUAUUAAAUAUAAAUUAUGCCUCUUAAA